UGAAAUGUGUCAUAUCUUAUUAUUUUUCAUCCAGACAGGCAGGGAGUGUUUGUUUGUGAUACACCUAUACAUCAGCAGCAGAAUGUCGUGUUGGUUCUUCUAUAUCAGACCAAAUGUUAUAUGAUCUGUAGAGAGAGACUCUAUCCUCUGCAGCAUAUACCACAGAUGGUUGGACCUGUGUUACCAGCAGGAGGGGCUUUAGAGAACAGGCUGCUGGAGGUUUGACUCCUCAGAGGUCGGGGGCCUGUCGGGUUUUCACCAGGGUUUCACCGUGGAGACCUGAGCCUCAUGAGAGCAGGAGAUUGACAGGAAGUCACCGCUCAUCUGGCCAAUCACACCUCGAGAAGUCCGGCAGGAUGGAGUCCGCAGAGAGGAGCAGGAGAUGACUCUUCCCUCUGGCACCCACUGUGUUUGUAGCCACGUUAGCUCCAUCAUUAAGUUAGCCGAGCAGGGGGCAUAAAGGCAGCGGAGCUCUGUCACUUCCAGUGUGACUGACGAGUGGAGCAGGCGGUGAACUAAGCAGCUUUUCAGGCGGAUGCUAGACGGUGGAGAUGUGUAAUAAGCUGCACUGGACACCGAGGACCUCCCUGACUGCCACCCCAUCGACUGACAGCUGUCACCGCACCUAGCUGCCCGGCUAGCUGGCUCAGUGAGCUAACAGCUUACAAGUGGGGGGGGUUCUGGCUCAUUCUGGCUAAUUUAGCCGGUCAGCUCUGAGCUCGCGUUCACAGUGGAAAGGAAGUGACUUCCGCAUAAACGCUACUGUAUUUUAGCAUUUCCUCAGUUACACCUGACUCUGCUGCUCAAACCAUGAGUUAGCCGCCGAGCGUCGGACCGCAGUGUUUGGCAUAUUUUGAGAUCAGGCUAGUUAGCUUGAGUUUAGCUUGAAGCUAGCUAGCGGCGUUCAUUCAAUCAUUGAGAAACUGCUAACGCGUUAACGCCAGCACCGUGGCUAGCAGGCACCGGGCACAUCCACGCCGAGUCUUUGUUGGGAGGACACUGAUCUACUUUUGGACUGAUCGAGCUGCGGAUAAUAUCUAGGAGACAUGAAGAAAUUCUUUGACUCUCGUCGGGAGUUGGUGAGCACCGGGCCUGGUUCCGGAGCCGGCGGAGGAGGCGCUGGUUCCGGCGGCGGUGGCAGCUUCAUCGGACGCGUCUUCACCAUCGGACGGUAUCAAGUGACCGUGGAGGAGAUUGUCGCAGAAGGAGGUUUUGCCAUAGUCUUUUUGGUGCGUACUCAUCAAGGCAUACGAUGUGCGCUAAAAAGGAUGUACGUCAACGAUGAAGAUGAUCUGCAGGUCUGCAAACUUGAGAUACAGAUUAUGAAGGACCUUGUGGGCAACAAAAACAUUGUUGGUUUCCUGGACUCCAGCAUAACGGCAGUUGGAGCUGGCGAUGUGUGGGAAGUCCUAAUCUUAAUGGACUUCUGUCGAGGUGGGCAGGUGGUCAACCUAAUGAAUCAGCGUUUACAGACAGGCUUCACUGAACCUGAGGUGUUACAGAUCUUUUGUGACACAUGCGAGGCGGUCACUCGUCUCCACCAGUGCAAAAGUCCCAUCAUCCAUCGAGAUCUCAAGGUGGAAAAUAUUCUUCUGCACGACCGGGGACACUAUGUGCUCUGUGACUUUGGAAGCGCCACCAACCGCUUCCAAAAUCCUCAGACGGAGGGAGUGCCAGUCGUGGACGAGGAAAUCAAAAAGUACACCACCCUGUCGUACCGCGCUCCAGAGAUGGUCAACCUCUACGGUGGAAAAGUCAUCACAACAAAGGCCGACAUUUGGGCCAUGGGUUGUCUACUCUAUAAACUGUGCUACUUCACACUUCCUUUUGGAGAGAGUCAAGUAGCUAUCUGUGACGGCAGCUUCACAAUCCCAGACAUCUCCCGCUACUCCCAGGACAUGCAUUGUCUCAUUCGAUACAUGCUGGAACCUGACCCAGAUAAGAGACCAGACAUCUACCAAGUUUCCUACUUUGCCUUUAAACUGGCUCGACGCGAGUGUCCAGUCCCAAAUGUGCAUAAUUUGCCCAUUCCUGCAAAACUUCCUGAGCCAAUCAGAGCCAGUGAAGCAGUGGCCAAAAAGAGUCAAACCAAAGCCAGGCUUUCGGACCCCAUUCCAACCACAGAAACCUCAAUUGCACCUCGACAAAGGCCCAAGGCUGGUCAGGCUCAGCCCCAGCCUAUAGGCAUUCUUCCCAUCCAGCCCGCUCUCACCCCACGCAAGAGGCCCAACGUGGCUGCUGGAGGGCCCCAGGCCAUAGGUGUUGGUAUCAGUGUCCCAUCUCCAGUUGCAGCAUCUGUACAAUCUGCUCCACAGUCCACUGCCCCACAGGCUUCACCACUGACGGCUCAGACCACCAACAUGCAGCCACAGGCUACACCACAGCAUCACCAGCUCCUUGCGAAGCAGCAGCAAGCCUUCUUAAGUCUGCAGAGUAACCAGCAGCAUCAACUGGUUCCGAGCCUCCAUCACCAACAGCAGAAACAACAACCACAAAUAGCGUCUCAGGCAUCUACCCUGCUGCAGUCCAAAGCUAAACCUGUUCCUCCAGUUCUUACUCUGCAACUGCCAUACCAGCAGCAGCUGCAGCAUGUAGUCCAUGAAACAGCCGCUCCACAUCUCACACCCAUCCCUGAGUCUGCAGUGACUGGUCCUCCAACUGACCAAGAGAUGGCUGGCCGAGGGAAUAUCAGAGUUGGCUCUUUGACGCCCCCGUCGUCGCCAAAGAUGGCCCCAAAGAGUGGCCACAGACGCAUCCUGAGUGAUGUCACCCACAGUGCCGUGUUUGGGGUUCCAGUUAGCAAGUCCACUCAGCUACUUCAGGCAGCCGCAGCUGAGGCCAGCCUCAACAAGUCCAAAUCAGCCAGCACUACUCCUUCUGGCUCCCCCUGCUCGUCCCAGCAGAGUGUGUAUCAUCCAGGUGAAGGUGACGUCCCAUCGGCCCUCGCUGCACCCAGCGCUCUGCCCAGCUGGAACCCCUUUGGGGAUGAUAACUUCUCGAAGCUAACGGCGGAGGAGCUGCUCAACAAAGACUUUGCUAAGCUAGCUGAGACGACUGCACUGGGGGAGAAGAUUACAGGCUCCAGUGAAAAUCAUAUUCCAGGGCUCACUGCUUUUCCAGCUGAAAGAUCUGCAGGCAUCAUGAGUGCAGGCUCAGCGUUGUUGACUGUCCCGGAUCCUUUUAAUAACCUUUCACUAUCUGACACCACAGCAAUGGCAGAGGUGUGUCUGGAUUCACUGAUUCCUGGUUUGGAAGCCCCCCAGGUUCAACGCCAUUCAAUCCAACCAGAGCUCAUCCCUGCCAGCGUUCCAGACUCUCUCACUGGGGAGGAAUCUCUGCUGGGUUGUGAUCUGUUAUCUCACUCUCCUCCUCACGGACACCAGUCUGUUUCUGCUCUCGCCACCUCCUGCUCCUCUGCUCCUUCUGGCUCCAGCUCUGGAUCUUGUCUGGAGGAGCGGCCACCUGCUCAUUCAGCUCCUGACUCUGCUUUCCUCAUGUCGUGUGGGGAGAAGGGCAAUGACGACGAGUUUGACCCUAUUCCCGUGCUCAUCUCUAAAAACUCAAAUCAAGGUGGUCACUCGCGCAGCAACAGUGGCAGUUCAGAGUCCAGCAUCCCCAACUUGGCCCGCUCCCUUCUGCUGGUGGAUCAGCUCAUCGACCUCUAGAGGGGGUGGGAGAGGUUGAAGGGGCAGUGUGCAAUCCUAACAAAUGGACAGGGGAGGAUCAGGGGAUAAAAAUGGGGGGAGCAGAGGCACUUAAUGUAGCACCUUAUGAAGGGAAACGGAGCCACCAUAGAUCGGUUCAGUGGAGCCGUUCUCUUAACUUGCCUCCUUGGCCUCAACUCCAUCUCUAGCUGCCUGAUAAGCUGGUUUCAUAUAUCUCUGCCUGCUGUUGACAUUUCCACGCUGGUUAAACAAAAUCUUCUCAUAAUUUCCUAAGCAUAUCAUCUGCCUCUGUUCUGGCUACACCAUGAUCUUCCUCAUGCUUUCCUCAUACAUGCAUUAAUAUCCCAGCACAGCCUUGGUGAUCAAUUGUCCUCGUCACACGUGUAAAAAUGCUUGAUCACAGCUGCGUUGUGCUCACUUUACUUGUUCAGGGUCAAAGCUUUAUUUAAACAAGCCACCUGCAGGCAUUCACAUUUUUGUCGGGGUCUGUCUAAAGAGUGAGAAGUGGAACUAGACCACCUGGAUCAUUGGAUGCACUUUCCUAUGAAAGCUUUGUACCAAACAAGGCUGCAGCAUGUGUGACGGCUGAGAGCUCUUUGCACUGAUUGAAUCAGUUAUGGAGAAGGAAAUGUCAGCUUAGGGCCGUCUCUUCAGAUUUCUGACACUGUUGUGAAAGGAGAAGGAGGCUGCCUUUUUCAAAUAUUGUUGUUUGGACAUGAGCAAUUAGAGCCUGCUACAUCUUAUCAAGCCAAAUCUCUGCUACUUUUCCCUUGUAUUGAUCAGUAACCAGGGGUUUAACAGCUAUGUAUCUAAGCUAACUUAGUGCAUGUAUUAAGCUUCCUAAGCAGAGCUGUGUAUUCUAACCUCUUUCCGAAAACUAAACGGUAUAAUUUCUCCCAAAAAUAUAUCUUAACGUCUUGAAAUCCUGAGAAUCAAGAAGUCAGUGUUAACAAGGCUGAUCAACCUAGCUCGGUCACCACGGCGGAGUGCUUUCACUAUCAGCAACAUAUAGUGAGACCAUUCAUGAAAUGCGUGUGUUAUAAAAUUGCAUCUUUUAAUGUCCCGGGUCAUGAACUCCUCAUUAUAUCUUUGACCCGUUAAGAUGAUUACAGCAGAUAAAUAAAAGGGAAUGAAAUGAUUCUAUGCCAAAGCUAACAAAAAGAUUUUAUUAAUAUUUGAGAUUGGUGUUGCUUCGCUCUCAGGAUCAGUGAAGACGAGCAGAUUUUUAGCAGCACACCACUGUUUAUAGAGAUUUAUUUUGUGUCUGUACUGUGCUAACUACCCAUCUCUUAUUGAAAUCCCCUCUAUCUUAUGUAGCCAGUCCUUUCUUAUCAUGUACUUUUAGGUCACUCUGCGAAUGUGACAUUGUUGUCUGCAAGAGGCGAUAUUAAGAAAAGUCCUUUACGUGUACAUAAAAUCUUUUAUUUUUUAUUUUGCUCAUGUCAAAAAUGGUAAAAGUAGAUUGUUUUGUAGUUGUGUAAUAUUUAAAGGCAUCUCUUCUGUCAUGGUAUGAAUAAAUGUGACUUUUAUUCAUAGUGCUUUAGAUUAGAGGUAUGAACCAGUACCAUUAUUAAAAUAUAUAAGGAUAUAUAGAUUUAAAAAGAGUUUGUGUAUUUAUGUGGGCAAAUAUGUGGACCCAGUGUCCUAGUUCUUUUCUCCUCAUUCACAAAUAUUCAGCUCGUGCUUUUGCUUUAGAUCUUGUUAUAGAUACAUGGCACAAAGUGCUUAUGACUUACCUGACUGGGGUUAGUUACCGUAAUUUACUGAGAUAGAUUUGAUCUAAGACAGAGCUGAUGACGGAGUUGACUUCCUGAUAUCUCUGUUGCACCUUCAUUUGGCCGAUGAUCAUCAGACAUGGAAAAACAGCUGCAUACAUAAUAUUGCAUUACAUGUGAUCACAGCUGACCUUGCAUUGCAUCCUUAACAUAUAGUAAAUGGAUUUCUCUCGCCAAAGGAAGUUCAUUGUAUAGCUGCAAGUCUCUAUAUAAGGUCCAUAUCACCUUAUACGUGUACAUACAAACAGAAAACCCCUUUGCAAUCACUGGUGUAUGUGUGGGACAUGAAUUGAUUUCUCCACCUUCUCAUGCCUGUAUGAACUUGUAAAUGUACACACAUCAACAUUACUGUAAGAACUGACAUGGGUAAAUAGAAAUCCUUUUUUUGUUUUCAUUUCCCUACAUCUUUAUUGGUUCAGUUAAGUCAUUUGCAUCUGUGUUGCUGAUCUAUGCAAUCCUACAACAAGCUUCAUGUUCUUAUCAGACACUACAGUGCUGUAUCCUGUAGACUUCUUGCCUUGGCCGUAGAGUUUUACUUGUGUUGCUGUGUGAAACUAAUGUACUUAACUGUGCUAAUGGGGUUGAUGUGGUGGCAGGCAUAUUGAUAACUCUGACUUGAAAUGGCUACAGAUGUCCACAUGUCAAAGCAGCAUCCUUAUCGAGUGUACACUUCUAUUUUUAUGAAUUAAGGUUCAAAAUGAGAGGCUCUGAAUAAAACUCAUUAAUGUGAAUGAAAAUUCAGUGUCUUUGGGUCAAAUCAUUUGAUUUUACACUAAAGAUCGUAUUAGGGACCAGUUGAGACAGUUUUAUUGAACAGACUUUCCUUCUCAGAACCAAAUUAGACUGAGAUACUCUAGCAUUAUGGUAUCUAGUAAUGUGUUUUCUUCCCAGUAUUAAAUCAGGGUUUUGUGUGUGCACCAUACAUUUUUUUCUUAAUUGUCUAAUGUCUUAGUUGUUCUUUGCUUCAUGGACAUGGACAGAUGUAUUUUGAAAUCACAUACCUGUUCACUACUGUUCGGAUUCUAGACCAAAAGAGGCUUUAAAUUGUGUUUACUGCUUGUUAGUUAGUACCACAGAUGUACAGGCUGUAGUCUGUGAGUUGUAUUGUAAGGGAUUGAUGGCUCUUGAUGAUCAAUGCUGUUUCACUGCUUAUUGUUCUUGGUAGUCAGCUCUGACAGAUGAAAUGUUUUGUGGGUAAUUUUUCACUUGGUUCAACACUUAUCUCAAAGUGGAAAAGUAGAACAUUUUGGAAACAAGCUGUGGACAGUUUCAAAUACUCGUAUGAUGAGGGAAAUGACCUAAAACACUGAAAGAAAAGUGGUGUUUUCCUUUAGUGGCUGCAACUAACAUCUUCCCAAGAGCUGCCAGUUAACAGUCAACGCUGCUGAGGUAAGACUGACCUGUCUCUGCUCAUCCAUGCAAACCUGUCUGUCCCACUAACUACCUCUACUGUGCCUUGAGGGCUCUCUGUCCUUGUUUCCACAGACCUACUGAGUCCCUCUGAGCUCCUUUACCUUGACACAAUUAAUCCUGACUAAAAAAAUCAAACUGCCCCCCCUCUCCUAACACUACGCACUGUCUUUGGAAAGUUGAGGAUACUGAAUCGCUGUAGUGAAACCUAUUUGUGGAAACAAGGUUAUUUGAUGUUGUAGUAGUAGCGCUGGUAGUCCUGUCUGUCUCCUGUGACCUGUUUAGACUAGAAUGUCUUUGUAUUGUUGGAGUCUUCUGCCGGUUGCUCUCUGUAGGGUUGUUGUCAUCGAUCAGGCUUUUUUCAGAUUUGAUAGAUGAUGAGAUUUAAUGGCCUGAUAUGUUAUUUUGUUAUUUAACAAAAAAUUUCUGAAUGUUGACAUUUGUGUUCACUUCUGACAUGUUUUCUCUGCCUCUGCUGUC